AUGUGUCAAUACAACAUCGACCGCUGGGUCGAAGAAACUCGCCUCACCAUCGAACCCAGUCCAGCUCCCCCAGGGCCUGGCGCUCCUAAUACUGAUUGGCGCAUCCCUAUCACACGGAGAUACUACGCCCAGUUCCUGCUCCCUCGCAACACCGAUCCUCGGGGUCUUCUCCCCGUCCCUGGACCACCACAUCCAUCGAGGCUCAACGUUCCACUCCGCCCUCUCAACUGGCGCCGCGGUCGCCAUCUCCCGCACGUGUCCACGAUUCCCACGCCACAGCUAUCGCUGGAAACGACCAGCAGUCUCGAACGCCUCGACAUGCCAGGCCACUACCUUCACUCGAUCGAUUAUCUCAUCGUGUCCUCGCCAGCACGACCACCGCAAACCCCGCGAGCCAAUACCUGGCCACCGGCAGAUCUUACGCCUACAGCUGAGAGCUUCACGUACAACGUCACGACGCCUCCCGAUGAGGCCUCUGGCUCGAGUAACUCCUCUCCACAUUCAGGGAGUUAUGUCUCCGGCAUGAGCAUCGCGCCUCUCACUCCGCUUCCGACUCCUGGCAUGUCGAGACGGAAUGCGUUGCCGGUUCGUGAUCCUGGACUACCGGACUCGCCGCCGCCACGGCGUGAUAAUCCUGGCGGUGACGCCGGUUCUGAUGAUGGGAGUGGUGUAUGGCAUGACGAGGAGACGCAUGGGGUUGCGGAUUAUGACGAGGGAGAUAUUGAGAGGGCCAGGAAUCCACCGCCCGAGAGCCCGGACAUAUCGCCGCGGACAGCCCCGAGCACUGCGAGGGCUAGUAGGUUUGUUGAAAAUAUGGACGUCAGUGCUCCUGAGGGAUACUUUGAUUAA